GCGCGCUUUCCGCUUCGACCGUGGAUAAAAGGGGUUCGCUCACUUCGGGGAGCCACAGAAGCCUCUCCGCCAGCUCUCCCGCCAGCUCUUGUACUCCAGGCACCGCCGACCCGAACCUCCGAGCUCAGCCCCAUGGCCCGCACCGCGACCGCCGCCACCCCCUGCGCCCCUCGGCUCCUCCGGGCCGCGCUGCUGCUCCUGCUCCUGGUCGCCGCCUGCCGGCGCGCAGCAGGAGCGCCCGUGGUCACCGAACUGCGGUGCCAGUGCCUAAAGACCUUGCAGGGAAUUCACAUCAAGAACAUCCAGAGUGUGAAGGUGACAUCCCCGGGACCCCACUGCGACCGAACCGAAGUCAUAGCCACUUUCAAGGAUGGACAGGAAGCUUGUCUCAACCCCGAAGCCCCCAUGGUUAAGAAAAUCAUCGAUAAGAUUCUAAAGAAGGGCAGUGCCAACUGACCUAGAGAGAAGUAAGGAGCUCACGGUGGAAGUUCCUGAAAGGAGGUCCCCAUCCUUACAGGGACUGAAAAUGAAGAAGAGAACAACUGGCUUCUGGGACAAUUAGAAAGAGAUUACUGUGCUUGACUGUUUCUUAUGAGAGACCUAUUUAUUUAUGUAUGUAUUUAUUUUUCAAAGUUCAUAUUUUAAUAUCUUACAUGUUAGUAUUUAAAGGUGUGAUUGUGUUUUAAUCAACCAUAAGUCAGUUCUGAUUGUUAUUUAAUUUGAAGAUGAUGGGUUUUAAGUGCUUCAUUAAACUAAUAUUUAUUGGUAGGCCAUUAAAUGCCAGACACUGAUAGAAGUGGAGGAAUCAAAGGAAUUAGACAGUGAGAUCACUAUUGAGGUCAGGGAAAAUGUGUGCACGUCUAUUUCUGCACUUGUUUAAAAGAAUGUCAAUUGUUAUUUAUUGAAACUUUCAUACUAUGUGGUCUACAUUUUGAUGUUGAUGUUUCCCUUGGACAUUUUAUGUCUUCCUUGUAGGGCAUAAUGCCUUGUUUAAAGUUCAUCAUUUGAUGUUUCUCUUUGUCUUGGGACAGAGAAGUUAAAACUACUGUUACAUUUUUACAAAUGACAUUAAAAUAAAAG